AUGGGCAAAGGAGGAGAGGGAGGCGGGAAGGUGACGAGUCGGGCAAGAGCGGGAGAGGAGCGGAGCCGAGGCAGGGCACCAGCCGCGCCUCCCGCGCCUCCCGCGCCUCCCGCUCCCCGUCCGCGCCGACCCGGCGGCCGCUGCGCCCAGCCCGCUCGGGUCUGCUCCGGCGCGGGAGGGCCAUCCAGCCCCACACCUGUUUGUGGGAGGUGGACAACAAGGGGAGGCGGCUGCAGAUGCCCCGCUAAAUUAAGUGUCUCCAUCUGUUUCAUACGGUGCCACCAAGUGUCAGAGACUUCCCGGGCGCGCCGGUGCACUGACACACACACGUGCUCCCUCGCCGGCCGCGGAGCCCAGGCCUGCACACGCGGGAGGCGCGAGCGGCCCCGGCCCCUUCCGGCCGCUGUGCGGGCCCCGCUGGCCGGCUGUGCCGACCGAGGGCGGAGCAACGGGUGGUGCGCGUUCCCUGCCCGCCGGGGUCGCGAGCGCAGGCCCGGCUCGGAGAGAGUGAGCGAGGGCCGAGCCCGGGCGCGGGGACGGAAGGGCCUCGGCGAGAGCAGCGCGGAGGCCGCGGGAACGAGCCCUUCCCACCUGCAGGCCUUUGCCCCGGCUGCUGUCCCGGCCUACAGGCCUUUUCCUCCGCCAAGCACCUUCCUGUGGCGGGAUCUCCAGUGUGAUCCUCUGCGGGUCCAAGGUCCCCUCCUCUGCAAAACCCUGAACCCGUUGCCUUCCUCCGCGGCUUCUUCCCGGCUCGCCCGGCCCCCACGAGGCGGGGUGGACUCGCGCCUUCCUCCCGCGAAACGCUUUCUGUGUGACGGCUCACUGACGCCGCAACAACCUCAACUUCUGAGCAACCGCCCUUCAUUGAAACCCGAGGCGGUGCCGCGCGCUCUCCAGCUGGAACGGCGAGCAGCGCGGUGAGGGUGCGUGGGCAGGGUUCCAGUCAGCGCCGGGCUCCGGCCACCACGUCCCGCACACCAGCGGCGGCUUCCGGACGUGUUUCAUCACGUGAUCCCCUGAAAAUAAGUUGGAAAUAUCUAGACACCUUCCAGCAUAACGUUAAGUUAAUAGCUAAACUUUCAGACGGGUACAAAGGAUAUAGUUUUCGAUGUCAAUGUUGAGAAACUGUUCACAUGAAGAAACAAAAAAGGGUGGAGUUUUGUUUCAGCACUACAACUCAAUUCCUUAAGCGCAUUUCAAGUUAUACCCUAAAAAUCACUUAUAAAAAUAAUUUUCGUCAAUUUUAUCAACUUGGUUCUUUCAGUUUUGAAUUGGAAGUCUCAGUAAUUAGUAAUUUCACUUCUACAACUUUUGAACCAGUGUUUUGAGUUGAACAUUGCCUUUAUUUGCCGAGCUGGAGGUUUUCACAUGCAAAUUGUAAGAACCUGAGGCUGUAGGAAGAGCAUAUGGGAAAGGACCAGUGGCCAGAACCCCCGCAGCAGCACCUUCUCAAUCAAUUUCAGGACAUCUUCACAUACAUCUGGGGGUACUGACAGGCAGUAGAGGCUGUUGUAGACCCAUUUUGCAGAGUGGAAAGUGUAACUGCAUGUGUGUAUAUGUUUUGAGAGUCAGCCUCAGGGUAACUUAAUGGAAGUGUGUUGUGAAUUAUUCCCCACUACAACACCCUGGGGAAGAACAAGGCCCAGGGAGAUGAGAGCACGUCCUGGGAGAUGGCUGCAGGACCAAGAGGAGGGAGCCAGGUGGAGGCAUCCUACAGGAAUGGCUAGGAUUUGGGUCUGGGUAGCUGCCAAGGAUAGAGAGAAAAGCUGUCACUCUAAAUCAGGAUGAGCAAUGUCCAGAAACAACCCAGUCCUACCACUGUACAGUUGAACAGGGAAGAGGGGCCUGUGUGGGGGAACCCAGUGCAUUCUGUUUUGGUGUAUUUUGUAUUACACAAAUAAUACGUGCUCAUUAUAAAAUACAUACUGUGCCAGUCAAAAAUUGCCACACUAGUGCUGCUUAACUAAUCACCCAAAAUAUAAUGACUUAAACAAGAAGCAUGUAUUUUUCUUUUUUAAAAAAUAGCUUUAAUUAAAUUCUACAUUCAACCUGAGUGAGUUUGGAAGGUCCCAGAUCCAGAGGAGGACAUAGCUGGGCUGACAGUGGGAUUUUAGCCUGGAUUCCUGAACCAUGGAAACAGAUGAUUAAUGCAUGUGCUGUUUUAACUGAUAACUUUGUAGUAAUUUGUUACGCAGUAAUUGAAAACUAGUACAGGUAGUAAGUAUCAAGAAUCCUAAAAGGAUUCACGUUCCUAAAUGAAAAAACUUUAAAAACUUUUGAGGUAUACAAAAAGUCUUGUUUUGGACUACAGAGCCUCAGUGAUGUAAAGAUGUUAAUUCUCCCCUAUGACUCCAGUCUAAACACCACAGGUCUUUUUAGGAACAGGACCAAAUUAUUCUCAGGUUUACCUUGGAGAAUAAAAAUUAAGAGUAGCAGAAAACAUUAAAAAAAAUAGCUUUAUUGAAAUGUAAUUCACAACCAUACAAUUCACCCAUUUAUAGUGUUAAAUUCAAUGGGUAUACUACAUUCUUUUUUUAAGUUGUGGUAAAAUACAUAUAACACAGAAUUUACCAUUUUAACCAUUUACAGUGUGUAAUUCAGUGGCAUUAAGUACAACUUUGUGCGACCAUCAUAGUUGUCCAUUUCCAGAACUCUUUCAUCACCUACUCUGCACUCACGAAGCAAUAAUAUCCUCCCCCCAUUUCCCUCUCCCCCUAACUCCCGUAGCCUGUGAUCUACUUCCUGUCUUAGUAUUUGCCUACUCUAGGUAUUUCAUAAACAUGGAAUCAUACAAUAUUUGUCCCUUUGUGUCUGGCUUCCUUUACUCACAUAAUGUUUCCAAGGUAAGGAUGCAUUUGUUGUGCUUAUGGGUAUGUGAGCCACUGGGCUAUCUCCAGGCUGGGGUGGGCUCAGCUCUGCUCAUCAGGUCUCCACAAUAUCUUGGGACCAGCCAUUCCCUGGGGGUAGAUUCUUCAACUACCUGAGGGCCACAGCAGCCAAGAGACCAAGCUACGCUAUGCCAAGCAAGCACAUUUGAGGCCUCUACUCUGCACGCACCUGUCAAAGGUCCACUGGCCAAACCGUCACCAGGGCAGGUUUGACAUCCACAGGGCAGAGAAAUAGACUCAGCCCCUAGGAGGAAAGGCCACAAGUGCAAGGCCAGGGCAAGGGAGGAAGUGAGGAAUUGAGAACAAUAAUCCAGUCUCUCUCUCUCUCUCUCUCUCACACUCUCUCUCUUUGCCUCUAAUCCUGUUCUCUCUCCAGAGGGAACCACUGAUACCAGUAUCAUAUUGUCCUGUGACUUAUUUUUUUUCCAAUUGACAAUAAGCUUGGAAGUCUUUCCCCACCAAUACAUAUAAAUCUUCCUCAUUCUUUGUAACUGCAGCAGACUGUCUGUGACAAGAGGAAAUUUGGACACAGACACCCAGAGGGUGGACCAUGUAAAGAUGCAGGAAGAAGCUGCCAUCUGCAGGCAGAGGGAGGCCGGAAGAAGCCCACCGCGAGCGCCCUGGUUUUGGGUGUCGGGCCUCCAGAGCCGUCUGUUGUUUGAGCCCUCCAGUCUGUGGUACUUGGUCUAGGUCUUCUAAUCCUAAACAUCCAAUUCUUCCCAGUUAGUAAAAAUGCUGUAAUGAGCAUUCUUGGGCACAUGUUUGACAGUGGAAGACUGAGGAGCUUGUGGGCAGUCAAAAAAUGUGUUCAGUGUUGAAUUCUGGCAGAUGGGCUCUUCACCCUCAAGGGAGCACACAGGGAAGUUUCCCUUUACCUGAAGGUGCAAACUGGAAACCUGGGGGUGUUGUUUGUGC